AUGAAAUUUCUCAUCCUGGCUGGCCUUUUGAGCACUGCCACUGCUCUGCCCAUCCCUUUCGAACAAUCUGGAGGCAGUUCCAGUGAUCAGAGAUUUAGCUUUUACCCACCCCAAAGACUACCAUUUUUUCCUCAGUUCCCAUUUUUCCCACCUCCACAACUGCCCCCGAUUCCAAUUCCUCUUCCUUUUCCUUUUCCGUAUAAUCCAAAUCAGGUCCUGCCACCUAAUGACAUUAUAACGUUAAUCAGUUCUAUUUUGAACCAACUCCUGGGAUUACUUGGGGUAAGGCUUCAUUUCUAUGAUUAUAGAUAA